AUGAGUAGCAAUGGACCCACCGAUUUGUUCAACAUGGAGUCACCGACUAUGAAUGCGGGAAAUCAUAUGGCGAGAACCCGCAGACGGUGGUCCAGCACGUCUAAGGAUAAGCGUCCAAAACUAACAGAAAUGACGGACGGCGUUCAUGAAGAGGUCGAGACGGACUUCAUAUCACCAGGUCAGCUAUAUUCUACCGAAUCUGGGCGCCUUUUCCAUGCAGGGAAAAUACUGAUUGUUCUAGUCGGACUGCCAGCAACAUCAAAGACCUUGUUAUCGGUUGCCAUUACCAGAUAUACUAAAUGGUUAGGCGUCCGCACCAGCUCUUUUCACGUUUCUGAAUACCGUAGGAAGAUGACGGCUUGCGAGGAUCAUAACAACUUUCCUACUGAUUAUUUUUCUGCUAAACCUAAGACUUCAGAAGGCCGCUCAAAACGGAAACAGAUUCUGGAUAAGGUUCUAGACGACAUGCUACAGUUUUUCAAUAGAGACAAAGGUCAGCUAGCAGUCUAUGAUGCUUUGAAUAUUCUGGUCGAAGAGCGGGUCCAGCUGGAUAAAAUUUUCUCCAAAAUGAAUACCAAGGUAUUGUUCAUUGAGUCCGUAAUGACGGAUGCAGAUAUGAUCAAACACAACGUCGACAUGGCGUCUCGGUCCGCAGACUACGUAGGCUGGUCUCAAGAAGCUGCGGUCUCCGAUUUUAUGCAUCGUUUAAAAGUUAACAAGCAGCUCUACGAAGAGAUGACCCCCAAAGAGCAACUGUCUUAUGUGAAAUACAUUAAUUUCGGCGAGAGACUGAUUGUGAAUAACAAUCACUUUGGGUAUCUCAUAAACAAGAUCGUUUUCUUUUUAAUGAAUCUCAGAGAUAAAAAAGGGUGUGUGUAUUUCGCGCGUUGUGGUACCAGUGACAAUGACAACUAUAUUGAUGACGAGUUACUGAAUAGCGAAGGUACCGCAUACUCCAAAACGCUGACAGACCUAGUGGUGAAACUCGUGAAUGAAAGACGAGCAGCUCAGGCCACAUCCUAUCCCCCAUCCAUGGAGCAUGCCACAACGCCUAGCGCAGGUUCUCCUACAAAGACGAUAGGAAGUAUUGGUGGUAUUGAAAAUAUCAUUUCACCUGGACCAAGUUCGCGAUCGAUGUCACCAUCACUGUCACCGCUGCUAACUACGCAUGCUUCCUUGAAAAGGACCGAAUCCACAGGAAAUGCGUCAGUGAGACAACCGGUGUCUGGCGAUGGAGGAGAUGAGGAUUCUUUUGUGGUGUGGACGGCUCCUCGAAAACGGACUUUUGACACUGCCAGAUUUUUUGAUGAAAAGGGCAUUAGCGUGAGACAAAGAUCCCAAUUACAACAGUUACACCCUGGUGUAGUUGCAGAUAUGACGGGUAGUGAAAUAAGGCAAAGCUAUCCUGAAGAGUACAAAGAAUGGUUGAAAGAUCCUUACCAUUACCGUUUUCCACGGUCGGAGUCCUACCAUGAUUUGGCUGUACGUAUGGAACCCCUGCUCUUGGAAAUGGAACGCAUGAGGGGCGACAUAUUAGUUAUUGGACAUGAAUCUGUCUUGCGCGUGUUGUACGGAUACCUAAUGGCCUGUUCCUGCUCUGAUAUUCCUCGCCUAUGCUUUUCGAGAGACCAAGUUAUCGAGAUUUCCUUUAGUCCAUUCGAAAACAAAGUGAGAAGAGUUCCUAUAGUUUAUGAAAAUUCGUCAUGUUUGAAAUAA